AAAGAAUAGUAGAUAUUUAGCAUUAGACUAUUCGUUUCACUCCUUUUUUUAUUUUAAUAUUUUCUAAAAUUUUAAAUAUUGAAGGAGAUGAUGGAUAAUUUAUUUAUAGAGAAAAUAAACAUGGUCGAACCUUCUCCAAAAAGAAAUAAAACAAUAUCUUCAUCAAAUAGUUUUUAUGAUCAUCAACAACAACAACAACAGCAACAGCAACAACAGCAGCAACAACAAACAUUUAUAAAUAAUGGUGAUAUAGAUAAUACGCAAUCCAUUAAUAGUAACAACAAUAAUAAUAAUAACAAUAAUUUUAACAAUGAUAAUAGUGGAGAGAAUCAAAAUCUUAAUCAUAGCAAUGUAAAUUUCAGGCAAUUGCCUAAUAAUAUAGAUAAUAGUAAUAACAACAGUAAUAUUAAUAAUAUAGACACUAAUAAUUAUAAUAAUAAUAGUAAUAAUAAUAGUAAUAAUAAUAUUAAUAAUAGUAAUAUGAAUAAUAAUAAAAACUAUUGUAAUGAAGGAAAUAAUGGUGAUAGUUUUAGUCCAAAGAGAAAUAGUAAUGAAAAUAAUUACGAAAAUAAUGAUAAUAGGAAUCGGAAUCAUUCUGGUGAAUAUAAAAAAAGAAAGAUAAGUAAUGAAGAUUCAAAUAAUUGUUCCACACCAACCAAUAAUAUUUCACCUAGUAAAAAUAAUAAUGAUUCUAUCAAUAACUUAAGCAAUUCGAAUAAUAAUAAUAAUAGUCAUAGUAAUAACAAUAACCCAAACACUGCAAAUGUCCAACUAAAUCAACAACGUAAUAAUAUACAAGGCCUUAAUUAUGGAGGAGCAAGUCAAAAUCAAAAUCAAGAUGCCCCAAUUGUGGUAAAUUCUUUGAUUUUAAGAUCAAUUGGUAUGAUGACCCAAAAGAUAUCAAAGGAUUUCGAAGAGUUAACAACUUUUAUGAAAAGUAGUUGUCCUAUGUUAUUAAGGUUUAGUGGUGUGGAGAAUUCAUAUUUUAUUUUAGAAAAACUAAAUAACAUUAUUAGCCAAUCACUAGAUGGUAUGCCAAAAACCCCACAAAGCUCACAAACCCCAUUUAGUAUGGUUCCUUUAACCAAUACCACUACUCUUAAUACGAGUAAUUAUAAUUUUAGUGGCAAUAAUGGAAACAAUAGUAACAAUAACAAUAAUAAAAACAACAAUGGAUUUCAACAACAGACUCAUCAACAUACACAACAACAUCAAACACAACAACAGCAGCAACAACAACAACAACAACAACAGCAACAAUAUCAAGCAUAUUCUCAAAAUAAUUAUAGCUCAAAUAAUUCAUACUCAAAUAAUAAUACUAGCCUUGCCUCAACAAAUAAUAGUAUUAAUACAAGUACUGGUAUUAUUCCCCAUCAUUACCACCAACAGUAUUACCAACAACAAUAUCAACAAAAUCAAUACCAACAACAAGGUAUUCAAAAGCAACAACAACAAAUACAGCAACAACAACAACACCAACAGCAACAACAAAUACAACAGCACCCACAUCAACAAGACUCAUAUAAUACAGCAACCCAACAACAACAACAGCUAUCAUCACCCUCACCUGCCCCAUUUUAUCAGCAUAAACAUACAGCACCAAAUCAAAAUCAAAAUAAUCUUGCACGUAUCUCUGCUCAGUUUAUUAUUCAAAACAUAAACAAUCAUCAAAUUCAAACAACACAUAUAGAUUUCUCCUCUAGUAAGCUUCAAGACUUUAAGCUUUUAGAUCUUUUAGGUAGUGGUUCUUUUGCUAAAGUCAGAUUAUGCCAACAUAUUAGUUCUGGUAGAUUGUUUUGUAUGAAAAUAUUAAAUCAAAAUAAGAUUAUUCGUUUAAGACAAGAAAUCCAUGUUUGUAAUGAAAAAGAAGUAUUAUUGCAAGUUGAUAAUCCAUUCAUUGUAAAACUAUUUAAAACAUUUAAAGAUGAUAGAUAUUUAUUUUUUCUACAGGAAUUCAUACCAGGGGGCGAACUUUUUGAUUAUAUUAGAGCUAGCGGAUCAUUAUCACUUUAUGUAACUCAAGUUUAUGCAGCCGAAAUCGUAUUAGCAUUAGAAUAUCUUCACAAUAUGGAUAUCAUUUACAGAGAUUUAAAGCCAGAGAAUCUUUUAAUUGAUCAAUAUGGUCAUAUUAAAUUAACAGAUUUUGGGUUUGCAAAAAAGAUUAAAGAGAAUACAAAGUCGAUGUGUGGUACACCGGAAUAUAUUGCACCAGAAAUUUUAUCAGGUCAUGGCCAUGGGAAAUCUGCAGAUUGGUGGUCUUUGGGUAUACUUAUUUAUGAAAUGUUAGUGGGUGUUCCACCAUUUGUAAGUGAGGGUUCGCAAAAUGAUAUAUUCCGUUUAAUUAGAGAAGCAAAGAUUCAAGUGCCAUCUGAAGUAGAUCAUGCUGCCCGAGAUUUAAUUGAAAAACUUGUUGUUGCAGAUGUCGAAAAGAGAUUGGGAAGUUUGGAAGGUGGUAUAGAAGACAUUAAAAACCAUCCAUUUUUUAAUGGUAUCGACUGGAAUCGUGUACAAAAUAGAGAAAAUCCACCAUUAAAACCAAGAAUUAGACCUCUAAAACACCACAUGAUGGAUGAAAGAAUGGACGAUGAAGAGGAUAGAAUCGGUGUUAAUUUUAUUAAAGCUGAAAUACUAGAAAAAAGAAAAAACGAAUUUUUUUCAAGUUUUUAGAAUAUAUAAUAACACCACAACAAAUAAUAUAUUUUAAUCAAUCAUUAUUUUUACAUUAUUAAUCAAUAAUUG